GCGGAUGUCUAAGUACUGCUGAUUGUGGUGAUCCUGAUCUAACAUGCAAUGGUGCUGAUGGAACGUGUCAAACUAAGCGAGGAGCAGAAUGCUUUGGUGACGACGACGAUGACUUUGAGUGCAUAUAUUUUGUUUGUCGUCGUAAUGUUGCAAGUGGUGAGACGCCAACAUGUCAACUUACUGAUACUCGUCCUCCUGGAACGUUUUGCCUAUUGGAUGCUGCAUGCCAGA